AUGGGCUGGCUACAACUAAAUCGCCAACAAAUCACCACUUCGUUACCUGAGAAGUGCCCUGAGAAGGAGAAAGACAGCACCACCACUUUCAUCGAAAACGUCAACACCACCUACACUGCCACCUCCCAACUCUACCCAACACAGCCUCUACAAACCCCAAACUCCCAACUCCCCUUCAUCUCCCCCGCCACCAUCGCCACUGUAACCGCCGACCAUCACGUCCUCUGGCUGGUUAUCGACAACAUCAUCUACGACUGCACAGAUUUCAUCUCUGGACACCCUGGCGGUGCUGCUGUGAUUGAGAGUUUCGUGGGCAAAGAUUGCUCGUGGCAGUUUUGGAGGUUUCAUAGUAGAGAGCAUAUGCAGAGGUUUGGGAGGGGAUUGAGGGUAGGGAGGACGAAGGGGGUGAGAAAUCCCUUUGAGGAGAGGGUGAGGUGGGUUGGAUUGAGAAGGUUAGGGGAUGAUGGGUGGGAUUAG